AUGAAUCCCCCAUCAGCUUUAUAUGGAGCUAUGAAUAAAGAGCGUAAGCCAUUCACAUAUACACCAGGAGGGCUAGAUCUUUCGGAGAUCAAAUCAGAGCGGAUGGCUGCACGUUUAAUGAGAAAUGCUAUGAACCAAGGGGUUCCCGAAACACCCGCCCAAACAAUACAUUCACCUCCUGCUCCGGUCAAUCCAAAUGCAAUACCAAAUUUUAAUUGUUUACCCGUACAAGUGUUUCCAACAUUUCAACUUCCGGCUAACCCUAAGUCAUUGUUAAGAACAAGAAGCAACCCCAAUCCAAAAGAAGCUCCAUUACCUUUUAUACCCCAAUCGAACACAUCAGUUAGCGACAAUAAGCCUGAUGCAUCAUCAUUUCUUAACAGUAGUAAUGCUAGUAACAAUAAUAUUACAAAUAAUAAUAGACCAGCUUCAAUGUAUGAUUACACACUGUGUAAUAGUUCACCGUUAUAUCAACCAACAAAAUACGGAAGCUAUGGUCAUACAGAAUUGUUAUUACCGGAAAAAUUCUAUGAUGCUGAAGUAUGUCAAACAGAACUAUAUGGAGGAGUAAACGCCAUAGAAACCAAUAAAGAUGUUUUUAAACAUAAACCUACUUCAGACGUUUCAGACACAAAUACUUUAGCGAAAAUUGAUUUUGAUAUCAACAGUAUUCCAGUAACCUUAGCAUCAUCAUUGCAAGAUACAGAUACGACAAAUGAUUAUGAACAGAAGGAAGUAAAAGUCAGUACAAAGCAGUCUGAGACGGAAAACAAAACGGAUCAUAAUGGUGAUACCGAAGCUGCUGUAGUAAUUAAGCUGCCCGCGAAAUCAUCAUCGGCAAAGACGGAGACUAAAGUAGAAAUCUCAAAAAAAAAAUUACCUGAUGGUACUAUUGAGGAAGUUAAAACAACUACCACGAAAACCACUAUAGAAGGGAAAACUGAAAUUACAACAGAGACAGAGACUAGAACAAUCCCAAAAGAAGCAUUGGAAGUUGAGGAGGAAGAAGAAGAAGUAGAAGAAGAAGAGGAAGAAGGGGAAAUUGUAAAAGAAAGUAACAAGGAGCAUGAAAAUGAAAUUAGUGAAACAAAUGGAAGUGAUGAGGUGGCGGAGGAAGUAGUUAUUAAGAAUAUUAAGACUGAUACGAAACAAAAUGGCCAUAUCAUUACGGGGGAAGAAAAGGUAGAAACAAGUACUACGAAAAAAGUUGUUGUAGUGCAGUCCACGCAGGAUGAAUCAGAGGAAGAAAUUGAAGAAGAAGUUGAAGAAGAGGCAGAAGAAGAAGACAAUGGGGAGGUUGAAGUAGAGGAAGUAGUAAUACUUAGAAAAUCUGAAAACAAAUUAAGCGAGGAACCUAACAAAAACAAUAUUAAAAAUGGUGAAGAUGUUGAAGAGACAAAUAAAUUGACUGAAGAUAAUGAAUCUGACGAACAAGAAGAGGAGGAAGUGGCAGAUGAAGAUGAUAAAGGGGAAAUUGAUAGUGUUAAGGGAGAGUCAAAACAAGGAAUAGAAAAUAAGGAUGUUGAGGAGGAUGAGAAGAAAGAAGAACAGCUGAAGGAAAUUGUUGAAGAUGAACCAAAAGAUAUCAUUGAUGAGGAUGUUGAAGAGGAGUAUGAGGAAGCUGAAGAUACUGAAAUAAAAGAAAAAGUAUCUCAGAAGGCUUCAGAAGAGGUUGUAGAAGAGACAGUUGAUCAAGAUACAAUUAAUUCUAAAGGUAAAAAUGAGCAAGAAGAAAAUAAUAAUCAAGAAAAAUCGGAGCAUACUGAAGAAUUAGUUGAACGCCCCGAGGUAAAAGAAGAAAAUGACAAACAAGAAGUUAGAGAAGAGACUGUUCAUGAAAUAAAAGUGCAGUCUGAACCAAAAGGAUCAUUUAGAGAACCUUCAAUUCCACUUGAAAAAGUAGAAGAUGUUGAAAUUAAGCCUAUUGUACCAGCUCAAGAGAUAAUAAAAAAAUUACAUACAGAAAUAAUUACUACUACAACGGACAAACCAACUGGCCCAAUGAGUACACAAACUGAAUACAAACAAAUUGAAAAUAUUGUAACAGUUAAUCGAACAACAAAAACAUUAGAUCAUGCUUACGAACAGUCUCAGCAGUGCAAGCCAACAUUAAAAACAUAUUUUUCACCGAGCGAUGACAGAAACCUUUCAACUCCACAACCAAUAUCUAGACCAUAUCAACCGGUGUAUCCGCGUGAGCCACAAACAGAGAGACGUCAUAGUUUGCUAUUAGAUAGACUAAGUGUUGAUCGUCAGGUCAAUGCUCCAGAUAUUUACCAAAAUAAUUAUCAAUACAGUAAUCAAAACUAUGAACAAAAUCAAUGGUCUGAACCUCAAUCGGAAGUUUUGACAGUAAGUAAUGUUAAGCCAAGCACAAUAACCAAAAACCAGCAAUGGUAUCAACAAACAAGUCGAGAAAAUACUACUUCUAGUGUAGCUUCAUCAGCCCCCAUUUUACCGAGUCAACAGUUGGGGCAGUCAUACAGUCAACCUCAACCUCAAAUUCAAAUACAACAACCAGAACCAGAAUACAACAACCAAUACCAAAGCUAUGUGCAACCGCAAUACACACCUAAACCGGAAUUCAAGCCGUAUAUAGAAAGCAAUACACAGAACACUUACAGAAGUGCAAGUGAUCUCCAACAAAAUACUUACUCAAACUAUACUCCAAAACCAAGUUGGGCCAGUAAUACUUUUGAAUCUAAACCAGUUACUUUAGCUCCUUCGAUUCAAACAAAUCAUUAUUCAUCAUUUAAAGAAUCAACUGAAAACUUUCAGAAUUCUGCUCAAUUGUCCUCUUCUUACGUGCCACCUCCAUGGGAACAAGAUUCUAGUUAUGUAACUGAGAACCAAAAUUAUUAUCAGCCUGCACCCUCUACGACUCCGUUCACACCUAGCACAAAUCAAACGUGGAAACCCAAGCCUUCCAGUAAAUUCUCCAAGAAUACGUCUACUUCGUAUAUUCCACCAGCACCUAACCAAUCUUUUGUCAAGCCAGUAACAGCAAAUGACCAUUCAAAGCUACCUGGCCGCAAAACCUAUUAUAGUGAAUAUGAACGGCGUUAUAUAUCUGUACCAGAAUCUACCUACAUACCUAGUGAAACAAAGUUCCAAGUACAGCCUGAUCCAUCUCCUCAAUACUAUUAUGAUAAUAAUGAACCAGCUGAAAUAGUUGAACCACAAUGGCGUAAGGAAUUAAGAGAAUUUACUGAAAAGACCUCCGAAAUAAGUACACAAUAUGAAAAAACAUCAGUGAGACCUCCUUGGGAAGAAGAUCCAAAGUAUGCUGCACCAACAGAGUACACAGCAACUGUGACACCUAGCUGGACGCAAACUUUACGACCUCGCACGUGGCGGGAAAGAAGCUAUGAACCGGAGUACAUUGGAUCAAAGACCAACACUCUCGGUCGCGGACGACCACAAAGUUCUUACGUAAAGGGAAAUGUCGAACCGAUACAAGAAAGACCUAGAGGUGUAUCUGUUGAUAGAUACAAUCCAAAUAAUUACCAGUCUCCAUUAGCGUCUGAACAUCCACCGGUACAGAGCCACACGUUGAAUCCGAAUAUUCAUCCGAAAACUUAUCAUAACCCGAAUGUGCCGGUAUACCACUCUCGCGCUUCUGUUGAACCUAGAGAGCAAGUGUCAUACCCACAAUCACGGCCACGAGUUGAGUCCCGUGCUCCGCCCGUCCAGUCAAGAUCUUUCAAAUACCUCCAAUGGAUCACUGGUACAGAAGAU